GCACCUUCUAAAAAGAAAAUUGAAAUUAGCACCAUUGCAAGCAAUUAUCACCUUGAAGUUAACCCAAGUGAUGCAGGAAACAAUGACCGUGUGGUAAUUCAGGAACUCUUGAAGACAGUAGCACAAUCCCAGCAGCUUGAGACAAGUACUCAACGAGAUUUUAAGGUGGUGCUGUUAACAGAAGUCGACAAACUCACGAAAGACGCUCAGCAUGCUUUGCGAAGAACAAUGGAGAAGUACAUGGCGACUUGCAGGUUGAUCCUGUGCUGCAACUCCAUGUCAAAAAUUAUAGGACCUAUUCAAAGCAGAUGCCUGGCUGUACGAGUGCCUGCUCCCAGCAUUGAAGAUAUCUGCCAUGUCUUGUCCAGUGUGUGUAAGAAAGAAGGCCUGACUCUUCCUCAGGAACUGGCUCAAAGGCUUGCAGAGAAAUCUGGCAGGAAUCUUCGGAAAGCAUUACUUAUGUGUGAGUCCUGCAGAGUACAACAGUAUCCUUUUACUGCUGAUCAAGACAUUCCUGAGAUGGACUGGGAAGUUUAUUUGAGAGAAACUGCAAACGCUAUUGUUGGUCAACAGACACCGCAAAGGCUUUUAGAGGUCCGUGGACGGCUUUAUGAGCUCCUAACACACUGCAUUCCUCCUGAGAUUAUAAUGAAGGGCCUACUGACAGAACUUCUAAAUAACUGUGAUGGACAACUGAAAGGAGAAGUUGCACAGAUGGCAGCCUUCUAUGAACACCGCCUGCAACUGGGCAGCAAAGCCAUUUAUCAUCUGGAAGCAUUUGUAGCAAAGUUUAUGGCAAUUUACAAGAAAUUUAUGGAGGAUGGACUAGAUGACAUGAUGUUCUAACUCUGAUACCCAAAGUCAUACACAGAGUGUUGUGUCAUACCAGUAAUGUUGCAAAUGUUGUCUCCUUGUCCAUGUUUGAUUGCAUGUGGGUGUAGUUCAAAGUCAAAUACUUUAUUUUGCUAUCAAUAUAAAAUGCAGUGAACUAAAAAAUAGUGUUCAGUUUUAGAAACCAGAUGGAUUGUUUGACAGCCACAAAUCCAUCUUUGGAUCCAUACAAAGUACAUUAGCCUUUUAGAAAGACAACAA